AUGCCUAGCGUUUCUACCUCCUCUGUCCCUCUGGACCCUACCAACGUCGACCUUCUCCGGAAGAAGUUGGCUGAGGACGUUCGCAUCGAGAAAUACUCCCCUCUUGCCCCUCCCGAGUUGAUCCAGUACGAGAUCGGUCUGUCUGCCAACUCCCUCCUCACCGUGCUCAACAGCCGCGUUGAGGCCCGUCACAUCAUCCGCCGUCAAUCGGACCGUCUCCUGGUCCUGGUCGGCCCCUGCAGUAUCCACGACCCCGAGACGGCGCUCGAGUACGCUCAGCGUCUGCGCGUCCUCGCCGAGGAACUCAAGGAUGACCUCUGCAUCAUCAUGCGGGCCUACCUCGAGAAGCCCCGGACCACGGUCGGCUGGAAGGGACUGAUCAACGACCCGGACGUCGACGACUCCUACAACAUCAACAAGGGCGUCAAGAUCGCCCGUCAGCUGCUCGCCGACAUCACGGACCUCGGUGUCCCCGUCGCCUGCGAGAUGCUCGACACCAUCUCCCCCCAGUACACGGCCGACCUGAUCAGUGUCGGCGCCGUGGGCGCCCGCACCACCGAGUCCCAGCUCCACCGCGAGCUGGCCUCCGGUCUGUCGUUCCCCGUCGGCUUCAAGAACGCCACCGACGGCUCUGUCGGCACCGCCGUCGACUCGCUCAAGUCCAUGCGUGGCCGCCACCACUUCAUGGGCACCACCAAGCAGGGCCUCAUUGCCAUCACCACCACCAAGGGCAACGAGGACGGCUAUGUCAUCCACCGUGGUGGCAGCCGCGGCACCAACUUCGACGCCGACAGCGUCAAGGCCACCAAGGAGCUGCUUCGCUCGAAGGGCGAGCGCGACGUUCUCAUGAUCGAUUGCUCUCACGGCAACUCGUCCAAGAACCACCGCAACCAGCCCAAGGUGCUCAAGACGAUCGAGGACCAGCUGCGUCAGGGUGAGGACGGCAUCAUCGGCGUGAUGGUGGAGUCGAACAUCCGCGAGGGCAACCAGAAGGCCACGGCUCGUCUGGAGGGCUGCGAGAAGGGCGUCAGUAUCACCGAUGCCUGCAUUGACUGGGAGACCACCGAGACGUCGCUGCGUUCUCUGGCCGACUCGGUCCGUGAGCGUCGUGCUCGUGCCUCGAUUGGCAAGCAAUAG